AUGCGACAUACCACCUGUCCUAUCCACCGAAUAGAUGGGGGUGGCAACAGGUGUCGGGCGGUGGAGGCGUCGACCUGGCAAUAUCGCCUUGGCAUCAUAUCGAAAUGGAAAAUUGGGAAGAGACUACGACAGGAGGGGAGUUGGGCCGCGUCUGUGGCUCGCAGCUGCACCCGCUUCGAGGUGAAGUUGCCCUUACGCCACGUCCGGAUAGACCGGCUCGUUGAAACAUGUAGACUGGCUCCUAUUUCCUGUGCUUCCGGCUCCUGUGACCACUUCCUCUUGUUGCUAGGCCCAAAGCGUGACCGUGUCGAGACGAUGGCAACAGCCUCAGUCUUUAGCUUAAAUGCGGAAGAGGCUAUGACACAAACACUCUUUCAGACCAGUCUGGCCUCGUCCGGAUACUGUUGCAAAGACGGCCUAGUGUUCUGGCCCAAAUGGACAUCUGAACAGAAGCAGAUAGGCUGA